AUCUUUCAAGCACUUAAAUCUUCCCCUCACAUUAAUUCAUCAUCUUCUCAUAUUCCACUUUGCUUUCUAUCUAUAAUACUUCAUCUCUCAUAGAAAAAAACUCCUUCAUAAUUUCUCUCCACCAUCUUCUACUUUAUCUUCUUCAAGAACUUGAGCAAGAAUGCGAAAUUUGAGUUCACUCAAGAAAGAAUUUCUAAGGAAAUGGAUAAAGGGUCUAAGAAAGUACAACUCACAAAAGAAGAACAUGAACUUGUUGGAGAGAAAAAAGGCUAUAAAGCUAUCUGCAGAUUUAGCCAUGGCUUCCACCAAAGACAAAACUACCCUUUGGAGAAAAGCCCUAUUUGCAAAUACUUCAACAAAAAUAGAUGAUGAACAAGACAUGUCAACAACCUCAUCAACACCACAAAAGAAGGUAAUAAGAAAAAAUUCGACGAAUUCGUACCCUCUUAGAAAAAGGAUAACUGGAAGGAGAAAGAUCUUGAGAAGAAAUCAUACAAAGGAAAGAGUCGAGGCAAGUUUUAUCGCGAUGCGGUUGGUUAAGAAGAGAACAAGGAAGCUGAAGAGUUUGUUACCAGGUGGAAAAUUCAUGGAUGAUUCUUGUUUGGUUGAUGAAACCCUAGAUUAUAUAGAAUCUUUGAAAGCUCAAGUUGAAGUAAUGAGGUGUCUUGUUACUUCCUCCGAGCUCUUCAUUAAUCAACCAUAAAUUAAAUUAUUAUAUUUAUAUAUGUAUCUAUAUAUUACUAGUAUAUUGAUAUUAAUUAAAAAUAUUUAAUUUUGUUUUUCUUAUAAGAAAAUUCCCUCUAUUUUACACCCUAUCUUUGCAAGCUAGAGGUGAUGGAGGAAAGAGGUGGUUCUAUACAUACAUUAAGGCAAUGUACAGAUCAGGAAAACAUAUAUGUAAGUCAAUCAUAUUAAGUUUUUAAUUAUUUAAUUUUCAUGAUG